GUUCACUUCUAAUUAAUUUUCUAAACCAACCUAGGUCGUGUUCAUUUUUGUGCAGGCAUUUCACUCUUGCAUUAAUUUUUUGGUUGGUUCCAAACUUACAAUGAACUAAUUCUCUACUCUUGUUAUGUCACUCAGCAAGUUGCAACUCUUUGUUACCUGGAUUUGCAGAGAAAAGUUCAGAAUCUCUUUUCAAACUUUUUCUGGGCUAGGUCUUGUAACCCCACUUGGUCAUGAACCAGAUGUGUUUUACAACAAUCUUCUUGAAGGAGUGAGUGGCAUAAGUGGGAUAGAGAACUUUGACUGUUCUCAAUUCCCCACGAAACUUGCUGGAGAAAUCAAGUCUCUCUCAACAGAAGGUUGGGUGUUGCUGAAGAUUGCUAAGAAGGCAGACAAGUUCAUGCCUUACAUGCUCGCUGCUGGGAAGAAAGCUUUAGCAGAUGGCGGAAUUAAAGAUGAAGUGAAUAAGGUGUGUGAUAAAAGCAGAUGUGGUAUCUUAAUUGGUUCCGCAUUAGGUGGAAUACAGAUUGUCCAAAGAUCAGUUGAACUUCUGAAUAUUUCAGUUAGGAAGUUGCCUCCAUACUCUAUUCUUUUCAGUCUAAGUAAUACCGGUUCUGCAUUACUAGCCAUGGAUUUGGGUUGGAUGCGACCAAACCAUGCACUCUCUUCUUCUUGUGCAACAAGUAACUGCUGUCUGCUUAAUGCAGCUGCUCAUAUUAUUAGAGGAGAAACAGAUUGCAAUGGGGUUGUAAUUGGAGAGGGUACUGGAGUUCUGCUUCUGGAAGAGCUAGAACAUGCUAAGAAAUGGGGUGCAAAAAUAUAUGCAGAACUUCCAGGUGGAGGCUUCACUUCUGAUGCUUACCACAUGACUGAACCUCAUCCUAAUGCACAACACUACCCUAGGAUGUGGGGAGAAGGGAAGAUCAAAUCACAUGGAAGAGGAAUGGCUCUUCACAUAGAGAAAGCCCUGGCUCAAUCUGGGGUGGCCAGGGAGGAUGUAAAUUACAUAAAUGCGCAUGCUGCAUCUACACAAGUAGGAGCUUCUGGUGCUGUGGAAGCCAUAACGACAGUUAAGCGAUGCAAACGAGAUGGAUCCAGCCAAACAUCAAUCUGGACAAUCCUGAAGAAGGCGUGGUAUGGUUCUUUAGUGGCGAAUUUUGUUGGACUCGUGAGCUACGUACAUGAUUUUGGAACGGAUUUCACACAGGACAUGAAUCUGCUAGUUGGGGUCAAGAAGGAAAGGCUGGACAUUAAGGUGGCACUUUCCAACUCAUUUGGCUUUGGUGGACACAACUCAUCAAUCUUGUUGGCACCUUUCAGGUGAACUCAAUCUACAUUUUUGUAAAAAAUUAAGCACUUAGGAAUCCCAACUAGAUAUUUUUUAAUUUGGAGGUCUAAGGCUUAAACAUGGGCAGCGUUUGGUUUGAGGAGAGAACAUUCCCCUCGGGUUGUGAUAUGAAAGUGUAAUGAAUCUAAUAUGUACCC